AUCAUAUUGCAAACUCACGGACUUCAGUCAUAUUUUAUACUCAAACAAGAGAAACGAACGAAAAUGUUUUAUUCAAAUAUUUAUGGUAUUUUGGUGAUACUGACAAUUGUUAACGCACGAAUUGUUUACGUGGAUCCGUCUAGAGAUUAUUACUCAAAUAAACAUGAGGAACAAGCCUCCAAGGAUUUGGAUAUGACCUUUUUUGCUGGAGAUCCUAGUGAAUUUGACGAGAAAGAGUAUAUUUAUCCUUUCAAAAAGGUUUAUUUUUCACCUGAACGACCUAUUGUUGACAUGACACAUGAGAUGGAUUACCCAGUUUAUUACAAAAUGUCAGAAGUAACAGCUCCGAAGCGAAAAAUAAUCUACUCUGAUGUGUCACCAUGGCAAAGAACUCCUAAAGUCAUGUACUUAAAUAAUCCGAAGGGUGAAAUCGUUCUAGAACUUCGUGUUUCUGCAAAUAGUAAUAAUAAUAAUUAUAGCCCUAAGUUUGUCUGAAAGAAGAAAUUCUUUAAAAAAAAUUUUAUAAUUCCUUUAAUAAUAUACAAAAUAAUUUUCUGGUG